GUAUUUCCCGGCUUUUGAGACAUUUUUAUUCGCGUUUGAUAUUUUAUACGGAGGUAAAAGAAGCAGGUACACCCCCAAAGUGACCUGAAACCCAACCAUUGCACUUUUUUUUCUUUAUCUACAAAGCGUUAUCGCCUUGUUUAUUAAAAUUCCAAUUUAAUUAGCAGAGGCUAACACUUUCCACUCCCACUCUGAGCGUGACAGUGAUACUGCUAGUGAGUAGUGACUCAGUAUCAAAGUUCAAACAGUAAGUUACUGUCAGCGACGACACGAUCAUGAUCGAAGACGAAUUUCGGCCAGUCACAGACGAAGAUCUGCCGAAGCUUCUCCAGCUGCUCAAGUGCGAUUUUCCACGAGGGAUACACGCAUACUCCUACAUCGACACACUUUGCAAAUGGCGACAGAAGAAUACAUCACUCGACAUCCACUUUCUCGCGCCAGGCGGCAACUACCGCCAUGGAGUAUUCUUCUACAUGACGUACAAGACUGAGACGAAGGAACGUCUUGAGGGGUCAUUUUAUGCCUCAACGAUGGAAGGUCACAAGAAGUUGGUUGAUGCUCUGAACCAGUACGAAUUCGACUGGGACAGGUACAUACUACUGUUUACUUGUAUGCAGGAGCAAACGUGGAAUUGCAUUCAGAAGGUGUUUCUUGCAAAAGGUUGCCAGCUUAAUUCGUCCAAUGAUAACGUUUAUUGGAUGCCUUGGAAAGAAGCAAAGGACAUUCAGGUUGAGAUACCAGACACGAUGUACUUAGCGGAUUUGAAACCGGAACACGCGGACAUUAUCAACAGCAUCUGGCCUCACAGGUUCCGCGGCUCCUCUACGGUGAUCAAACAGAUAAUCAAGCUUAAUUUUGGCAUCGGUCUCUUCCUGAGGGGCUCGUCAGAGCUGAUCUCGUGGGCUGUCUUCUGGUACUACGGCGGAAUCGGGGCCGUCCAGACAGUUGAAGAGUACAGAAGAAAGGGAUGUGCUUCGGCCACAGUACAGGCAAUCACGAGAAAAAUGGGGAGUCAAGGGCUCGAUGUUCACCUCAAUGUCGUCAACGGAAACAUAGCUGGAAAUCUCUUCUUUACAAAACAGGGCUUCAGGUUCGCUUUCAUCGGUGUCUGGGCGUUUUCGCCCAACUCCGAUGGAUAACCGUUCAAACACAACCCGUCAUUUAAGUGUCUAAACAAAUAAAAAGGUAUCGGUUUAAAGCUUAAAAAAAAAAAAACAAAAAAAACGAAGCUUUAAAAA